AUUUUAUUACAUAAAAAGAGAAAAGAUGAGGUUUCUUCAUGAUGGCCAUUCAAAAUUACCAUCCGUGAUAUUAGAAGUUGACCCUAAGCCGGUGUUUUACAUUGGACCGGCCACUCGAGAAAAUCCAUUAUCGCAGAUCCGCACCAAAUUAUUGGGCAAUGUGUAUUUUAAUGACCCUAAAAUUAAGUGGAAACGUAUCACACUUCAUUUUACAGGCACAUCCGGAUUAAAUAUCGAUGCGCCCUCUUCCUCUCUUCCACGCGAUGUGGUGAGUGCGGUGUCCGACUUGCAAGAGGCCAUCAGUGCCACCACACAUUUAGAGACCAACGUCAGUUUAUGUGAUGUUGAAAAGGAAUUGAUUUUCACUCAUGACAAGGUCAUUGACUUUGGGCUUCAUUUACCUCCGUUUUUACCACCCAGUAUACGAACAAAGCAUUCAUUUGUAGAGUAUAAAUUAUCCGUGAUCUGUACACCCAGUGGACCCUUUGCGAAAAAGUUGCGAGUCGAACAGCCUGUGACGGUCUGCAGACAUUAUUUACCAAGUCCAAGUUCAUUGAUCCCCAGUGUUGAAUACAAUGGUGUACGCGAGUGGUUUGAAUGGUCGGCUGAUGUACCCAAGGCAACGGCCAUUGAAGCAGGUGAGGUGGUCAUUGCCUUACGUUGGAGUGUUGAAAAGGAAUUUGUACAAGUCGACAGAAUCGAACUUUGUUUAGAAGAAUUAGAAACCUACCGAUUCAGCACGAAACAUGGUGUGCACAGUCUCCCAUCGGUGGUGACACAAUUUCCUAGUACGGCAUACCAUCCACCUUCUUUUACGACCAGUGCAGAGACACAUUUCCUUCGUACGCCAAUCCCACUGGUACCUUCAGUGGAGGUACGGGAGACAAUACGAACCCAUCACUUUGACCCUUUUUUAGAGAUUUCACAUCGUGUUAAAGUUGUCUUUCAUUUCAAUCAGUCCACCGAGUCUUUAGCAGUUGAAUUUCCCAUCAUUAUGACGGAUUUUCCCAGUGAUACAAAAGCCGAUUAUUUUGUCGACCCAUUACUUUCGCCUAUGCCAUCAUCCGUUUCAACACUUUCAUCAGCCAAUAGUAGUUUUGUGACUCUGUCGCCUGCACCCAUGAUUAUUCAACCUGGUGGUGAUGAAGUGCCGUGUAUUGAUUUAGAUUUACCCGAGUACACACCUCCCUAUGUGAAAGAACUUAUUCCUGACAGCAUCUAAUCUUCACAUUUGCUACACACUUGCUACAUAUUCCCUAAAAGAAAAGAAAAAAAAAAGUAUAAUGGUUUUUUUUUUUUCUUUUUCACUCAUGCAUUACCCAUAAUAUAUUUAGUCGCCAGUUUUUUUCUAAUUGAAUUUCAUCCCCCUCUCCCUUCCCUUAUUGUACAUAAUAAAAAAAAAAAAAAAAAA